AAUGAUGAAAACUGAUCUUAGAAAAGGUUGUAAAACCCUCUGACUCUCCACUGUGGAGUCUAUUGUUUCUUCUGGCUUCCUCAAGUUCUUCUUCACAGGGUGGUUGGCUACAGAUUACAAUUACUAUGUCUGACUCAGUAAUUCUCCGCAGUGUGAAGAAAUUUGGAGAGGAGAAUCAUGCUUUUGUGUCAGAUGGAUCAUAUAACAACGAUAAGAAAUCAAGGUUACAAGAUCAGAAGAAAGGUGACAGCAAUCAAGUUGGCUUCUUUCAUUUGUUUCGGUUUUCUUCAUCGACUGACAUUUGCCUGAUGUUUGUGGGAACUUUAUGUGCAUUUCUCCAUGGAAUUAGCCAGCCAAUCAUGAUACUCAUUUUUGGCACAAUGACAGAUGUUUUUAUUGAAUAUGACAACGAAUUACAAGAACUCAAGAUCCCUGGAAAAGAAUGUGUAAAUAACACCAUAGUAUGGACUAACAGCUCCCUCAAUCAGAACAUGACAAAUGGAACACGUUGUGGGUUGCUGAACAUUGAAAGCGAAAUGAUCACAUUUGCCAGUUACUAUGCUGGAAUCGGUGUAUCAGUAUUUAUCACAGGAUAUAUUCAAAUAUGCUUUUGGGUGAUUGCUGCAGCCCAUCAGGUGCAGAAAAUGAGAAGAAUUUACUUUAGGAAAGUCAUGAGAAUGGAAAUUGGAUGGUUUGACUGCAAUUCAGUGGGAGAGCUUAACACAAGAUUCUCUGAUGAUAUUAACAAAAUCAAUGAUGCCAUUGCUGACCAAAUGGCUCGUUUCAUUCAGUACAUGACCACAUCCAUCUGUGGGUUAACGAUGGGAUUCUACAAGGGUUGGAAACUGUCCUUGGUUAUUAUUUCUGUCAGCCCUCUCCUUGGGAUUGGAACAGCUAUCAUUGGUCUGAGUGUGUCCAAGUUUACUGAUUAUGAGUUGAAGGCCUAUGCCAAAGCAGGGUGUGUGGCUGAUGAAGUGAUUUCAUCUGUGCGAACAGUGGCUGCUUUUGGUGGUGAGAAAAGAGAGGUUGAAAGGUAUGAGAAAAAUCUUGUGUUUGCCCAGAAAUGGGGAAUUAGGAAAGGGAUCGUGAUGGGAUUCUUUACAGGGUACUUCUGGUGCCUCGUCCUCCUUUGUUAUGCACUGUCAUUUUGGUACGGCUCCCAACUGGUUCUGGAUGAAGGAGAAUACACAGCAGGAACCAUGAUCCAGAUUUUCUUCAAUGUUUUAGUAGCAGCUUUAAAUCUUGGCCAUGCAUCUGCUUGUUUAGAAGCCUUUGCAACUGGACGUGCAGCUGCCACCAGUAUUUUUAAGACAAUAGACCAGCAAUCAGUCAUUGACUGCAUGUCAGAAGAUGGUUACAAGUUGGAUCGAAUCAAGGGUGAAGUUGAAUUCCAUAAUGUGACAUUUCACUAUCCCUCCAGACCAGACGUGAAGAUUUUGAAUAACCUCAGCAUGGUCAUUAAGUCAGGGGAAACGACCGCUGUGGUAGGAUCCAGUGGCUCUGGGAAGAGCACAGCAUUGCAGCUCAUUCAACGCUUCUAUGACCCCAGUGAAGGCAUGGUCACCCUGGAUGGCCAUGACAUCCGCUCUCUGAACAUUCAGUGGCUUAGAGCUCAGAUUGGGAUAGUGGAACAAGAGCCAGUUCUGUUCUCCACCACGAUUGCAGAAAAUAUUCGCUAUGGCAGAGAAGACGCAACAAUGGAAGAAAUAGUACGAGCUGCCAAGGAAGCCAAUGCCUACAACUUCAUCAUGGACCUGCCGCAGAAAUUUGAUACCCUGGUUGGAGAAGGUGGAGGCCAAAUGAGUGGUGGCCAGAAACAAAGAAUAGCCAUUGCUAGAGCCCUUGUCCGCAACCCCAAGAUCCUGCUUUUGGACAUGGCCACCUCAGCGUUGGACAAUGAGAGUGAAGCUGUGGUACAAGAAGCACUGAGUAAGAUUCAGCACGGACGUACCAUUGUCUCAGUUGCCCAUCGCCUAUCCACAGUUAAAGUUGCAGAUGUCAUUAUUGGAUUCGAACAUGGUGCAGCAGUGGAAAGAGGCACCCAUGAAGAACUGUUGGAAAGGAAAGGAGUUUACUUCACUCUAGUAACUUUGCAAAGUCAAGGAGAUCAAGCCCUUAACGAAAAGGACGUGCAGGAUGCAACUGAAGAUGCCUUACUUGAGAGAAAACAGACCUUUAGCAGAGGGAGUUACUGUGCUAGUUUAAGAGCUUCCAUCCGGCAGCGCUCCAACUCUCAGCUUUCUUACCUGGUACAUGAACAUCCGGUAACUGUUGUAGAACAUAAGCCUCCUUAUGAAGAAAACAGAAAGGGCAUGGAUAUUCCUGUGGAAGAGGAAGUUGAACCUGCUCCAGUCAGGAGGAUUCUGAAAUUCAAUGCUCCCGAGUGGCCCUACAUGCUGGUAGGGUCUGUGAGUGCAUCUGUCAAUGGGACGGUCACACCCCUCUAUGCCUUCUUAUUCAGUGAGAUUCUUGGGACUUUUUCAAUUCCUGAUAAAGAAGAGCAAAGGUCACAGAUCAAUGGUGUGUGCCUACUUUUCGUAGCAUUGGGCAUUGUAUCCUUUAUCACCCAAUUUCUGCAGGGAUAUACGUUUGCAAAAUCUGGAGAGCUCCUCACAAAAAGGCUACGUAAAUUUGGUUUCAAGGCAAUAUUAGGGCAAAACAUUGGCUGGUUUGAUGAUCUCAGAAAUAGCCCUGGAGCACUGACAAUAAGACUUGCUACAGAUGCUUCCCAAGUUCAAGGAGCUGCUGGCUCUCAAAUUGGGAUGGUCGUCAACUCCUUUGCUAACAUCAUUGUGGCCAUGAUCAUUGCCUUCUUCUUCAGCUGGAAGCUAAGCCUGGUCAUAAUGUGCUUCUUCCCUUUCUUGGCUUUAUCCGGAGUUGUACAAACUAAAAUGUUGACAAGAUUUGCCUCACAAGACAAGCAAACUCUAGAGACUGCAGGACAGAUUGCAAAUGAAGCCCUCAGUAACAUCCGCACUAUUGCUGGCAUUGGAAAGGAGAGACAGUUCAUUGAAGCAUAUGAGGCUGAACUGGAGAAGCCAUUUAAGACAGCCAUUCGAAAGGCAAAUGUAUAUGGCGUCUGUUUUGGCUUUUCCCAAUGCAUAACAUUUAUUGCUAAUUCUGCUUCCUACCGAUAUGGAGGUUACUUAAUCCUCUAUGAAGGACUGCACUUCAGCUAUGUGUUCAGGGUGAUCACAGCAGUUGUCCUGAGUGGGACAGCUCUCGGAAGAGCCUCCUCUUACACCCCAAGCUAUGCCAAAGCUAAAAUAUCAGCUGCACGCUUUUUCCAACUGCUGGACCGACAACCCCCAAUCAACGUAUACAGUGAUGCAGGUGAAAAAUGGGAUAACUUCCAGGGGAAGAUUGACUUUGUUGACUGCAAAUUUACAUAUCCUGCUCGGCCCGAUGUACAAGUUCUUAAUGGUCUCUCAGUGUCUGUUAAUCCAGGGCAGACAAUGGCAUUUGUUGGAAGCAGUGGGUGUGGCAAGAGCACCAGUAUUCAGCUGUUGGAACGUUUCUAUGAUCCUGACAAAGGGAAGGUGAUGAUAGACGGCCAUGACACCACAAAGGUAAAUAUCAAGUUUCUCCGCUCAAACAUUGGAAUUGUUUCCCAGGAACCUGUGCUGUUUGCCUGCAGCAUAGCAGACAACAUCAGAUAUGGAGACAACACCAAAGAAAUUCCCAUGGAAAAAGUCAUAGCAGCCGCAAAGCAGGCUCAGCUGCAUGCCUUUGUCAUGUCCCUUCCAGAGAAAUAUGAAACUAAUGUUGGCGCUCAGGGGUCUCAGCUCUCUCGAGGGGAGAAACAGCGCAUUGCUAUUGCCCGGGCCAUCCUACGAAAUCCUAAAAUCUUGCUACUAGAUGAAGCCACUUCUGCUUUGGACACAGAAAGUGAAAAGACCGUGCAAGUUGCCCUGGACAAAGCCAGAGAGGGGCGGACCUGCAUUGUCAUUGCCCAUCGCUUGUCCACCAUCCAGAACUCAGAUAUCAUUGCUGUCAUGUCACAGGGUGUGGUGAUUGAAAAGGGGACCCAUGAAGAACUGAUGGCCCAGAAAGGAGCCUACUACAGUCUAGUCACCACAGGAGCCCCUAUCAGUUGACCUGACUCAAGAGAGUCAUGGACAGAUAAUGCACCAACUAUAGGACUCUUUU